UCGCUGAGGUGGCUGGAUGACGAAGUCGACGCUGGGGGUCGGCAUGUCGCGGGGUGGAGGAAGCUGCGCGUGGCGCGCUACGUAGCGGGUGGCUCCGCCUCGACUGCGAGUUGGUGUUUACGAGGUGCCUGGCUGGUUCUGUCGGAGGACGGUGGGACGUUCUGAAGGGAGGCAGGGACGCAGACUGAGCGCUCCCAAGUAGGGUGAGCCCACCUCAGCGGAGAACAGACGGCAGGAGGAUGCUGGUGGUGGAGGUGGCGAACGGCCGCUCCCUGGUGUGGGGGGCCGAGGCGGUGCAGGCUCUUCGGGAGCGCCUGGGAGUGGGGGGCCGCACGGUGGGCGCCCUGCCCCGCGGGCCCCGCCAGAACUCGCGCCUGGGCCUCCCGCUGCUGCUGAUGCCCGAAGAGGCGCGGCUUCUGGCCGAGAUCGGUGCCGUGACUCUGGUCAGCGCCCCGCGCCCGGAUCCCCGCCACCACAGCCUGGCUCUGGCAUCCUUCAAGCGCCAGCAAGAGCAGAGCUUCCAGGAGCAAAGUGCCUUGGCAGCUGAGGCCCGUGAGACCCGUCGUCAGGAGCUCCUGGAGAAGAUUACGGAGGGCCAGGCUGCCAAGAAGCAGAAGCUAGAACAGGGUUCAGGGACCAGUGGGAGCCAGGAGGCCGGUGGGAACCAAGCUGCCGAAGAGAGUGAGACCAGUGAUGGCCAGACUUCUGGAGAGCAGGAGGAAGCAGCCCCCUCUUCUUCCCAACCGGGAUCUUCAAAUGGGGUGACCCCCUUGCCCAGAUCUGCUCUACUUGUCCAGCUGGCCACUGCCAGGCCUCGACCUGUCAAGGCUAGGCCCCUGGACUGGCGUGUCCAGUCCAAAGACUGGCCCCAUGCUGGCCGCCCUGCUCACGAGCUGCGCUACAGCAUCUACAGAGACCUGUGGGAGCGAGGCUUCUUCCUCAGUGCGGCUGGCAAGUUCGGGGGUGAUUUCUUGGUCUAUCCUGGUGACCCGCUCCGCUUCCAUGCCCACUACAUUGCUCAGUGCUGGGCUCCUGAGGACCCGAUCCCACUCCAGGACCUGGUCUCUGCUGGCCGCCUUGGAACCAGCGUCAGAAAGACGUUGCUCCUCUGUUCUCCACAGCCUGAUGGUAAGGUGGCCUACACCUCCCUGCAGUGGGCCAGCCUGCAGUGAACUCCAGAGACCUAGGGGGAUGUGGCUGUGUCUGCAACAAGAGUCCUUCUAGAUGUUCCCAAGCUCAUCUCCGCGUGGGAGGCUAGAACACCCUCCUACCUCUUUGUACGGUUAGUUUUUGAUUCCAGGUUUUUGAACACUACAUCCUUUUUAUGUUCCUCCCUGUUUCAGAGCAUUUACUGGCUUUGUUGUUUUUGUAGUUACCUAUUUCCACACUGUGAUCUUCUUGAGAGUGAGGACUGGGUUUGAUUCAUCGCUGUUUUCUACAGGGCUUAGGUCCCAGGAGGUUUCAAUAAACUUGUUGAAUAAAUGUC